UGGCUGCUGGAUACAACGGUAAGGAACACACUCCCCGGCUUUCUUCUCACCUGCACUCACAGCAACAACACACUCGCCUGCCCACCCCCAGAUAUCCUGACGUUCAUCAUGGGGCAGCUGUUGGCCUCAGAACAGGAGCAGUCGGAGGCUCAGGUUGCUGUUGGCUCUCUGCUCUACUCCGCCAUGUUGGAAGCCGGUGCUCUGCCUGAUGUUGCCGUCGACCACUAUCUGCUAGCUAAUCCAGAGAGCCUGGACUCCAGGGCCCACCUACAGGACCACCUCCGCCAGCUGCAGGGGCACGUGGGUAACCGGGCGCCCACCUACCUGAAGGAGCUGAUCAGCCGCCUGGUCGCUUUCUCUGACGAGCCCAAGGUGGCAGGCCUGGUGGGCUUGGUGGUCUCCAUGGUGAUGGAGACGGCAUACGCCUCGUCCAGGGGGUCAGUGAGGUCGAGGGGUUGCCAAGUGGAAGAACGGCGAGCGGAGCUCCAGGACGUUAUGGAGGAGUACCUCAAGCGCUGCCGGAUGCACUUGAAGGAUGAGCAGAAGCUGAGAGAAGACACCCAGCGUCUGGAGGGCCAGCUGAGCUACUUGCUGACGCAGCUGAAGAACACCAUGCUCAGGGAAGGCCCCAGCUCCAAGGCCCUGAAGCACUGGGCCAGCGGCGCCGCCUUUCACACGCAGAUGCUGCUGCACCUGACCAGGCUAGAGCAGAGAGGAGACCCGCUGGUCAUCCAGGCUGCAAUGGAGCAGUACCAAGAGGACUUCAGAGAGAUUCUACCUGCGUACAAAUGCUACAAAGCCAGUACGGUGACUGUGAUAAAGUGUAGGGGAGGGCUGCAGACCGGGGAGGAUCCUCUGACUGAGGGGAGUGUGACUGGGUUCACUGUGGUGGAUAAAGAGUUAGGGAAGAGUGUGAGUGUACCCCUACCUGAGGACGCUCCCCCUGGCAUUGUCCUGAUCACUUCAAAUAUGUGUGCUAAGGCCUAUUUAGAGCGACUGUUCUCUUCACAAGGCCCCAUAGCAGAGCUGGAGAGGUACUUUCUCAACAGCAGAGAGAGUCUACGCAUGAAGUUGAUGGUACAAGAACCAACGGAACCCAACGAGAGGCUGAGCAUAGUGGAAACAGAUCCCCUAGACAGAAGAUAGCACAUGUUGAUGUUGACUUUCAUACAGGCAUAGGCAAGAUGCACAAUCCACGGAACUGAACGAACACUCUUGAGUAAAAUGUGCAUUUAUUGUAUUGUAUGUAUGAUCAAAUGUUGAAUAAUAAUCUGGUUUAGUCAAUGCUAGUGUUCUCCUAUGAAGUUCUGAGAAAAUAUAUUAUAAAAGCACAUGAAUAAUUCCUUCCCACGCAAAUCAAUUGUUAUAACGUGAGAAACUAAUUGUACAGACACAAAUGGCAAAAGUAGCACAGUUCACAGUACUUAAUUGUCUAUGGUAUUGAAAAGGAUGCUUGAGUUCAGUUUGCAGGUUUGAAUUGAUUUCUUCGUCCUUUGUGGAAGUGAUUCUUUCUUACUUUGUCCUCACUUUCAGUUCAAUAACCUUUUCUACAGCUUUGUAGAGUGCUCAGAAGCAAAAGCUGAUUCUUUGAAAAUAAACUCUUAAUGGUUUGGCUGCUGCCAUGGCUGAAUGUAAUGUAGGAAUGUGUCAAACUUUAUCAAGGCCUGUCAAAUUGAAUGCCAUUUGAGUCACACUUCAUUGCUACAAUUACAAGUCAAAGUGAGCGACGGAGCUGCUCUCCUAAUGCUACGUGAUUAGAGUGAUUAGUACUCUGCACUUCUACACUUUCCAAAGCUCUCUCUCUUUUAUUCUCAAUCUCCAUCCCUUUCUCCAUCUGUUUCUCCUUUCUCUCCUCCCUGCCUCUCUCUGUCACGUAGCAUUAGCUAUCCUCGCCAUGUGAGGUGGGCCUGUGAGCCAACACUGCCAGAGGAACAGAGUUGGGCUCUGUGAUGUCACUCUGCGCUGACCUGCCACCUCCCUGAUUUAACACCCGACUCUGACAUCUCAGCCACUCUUACUGUAACUCAAGCCUCCGUUUCAGAGUUAGUUACUUAGAGGGGGGAGGGAAGCUACAGGACUUUUAAACUUAGCACCCAGCAGAGAUACCCGGUUGUGUCACAUGUAAUGUAUAAUGUAUAAUGUUUCUGAAUGGCCAAAGGGUGUGUUUUUGUCAUUAUAGAUAGAGUCACGCUCCGCUGCAGUAGCUCUGUCUUCUCUUAGUGUUUGCAGAGAGGGGUGUGUGUAGUGUUAUCCAUCUAUCCUCGGGGUAUUCACGCACACACACACACACACACACCUGCUGGAUGCUUAUCCCUUAGCUUAGCAUUCUGACCCCCCCAUGGUAAUGAUGGUGGACUAGAAGAUGGCAGUGGGCCUUCUGCCGCACCCUGCUGGUCUCCCUAGGCAGACUGGUUGCCUCCUACAUUAACAAUGUUCCGACAUACACAUGUGCACAGAUACAAGAAUCGGUUGGUUUAGGUGGAAAUGGAUGUGCAGGAAAUGCGUCCAGAGCCGUUUCCGUUUGUGCCCUGGUAUAAACACUGUUGUACAGACACCCUCUCUGGACAGAGUGACUAAUUCCAGGCACAGCCACACAACCUUUGGCAUACAACCAUGACUUAUUCAACAUUUUGUUGUGUUACAGCCUGAAUUCAAAAUGGAUUAAAUAUUCUCACCCAUCUACACACAAUACCCCAAAGUGAAAACAUGUUUUUAGAAAUUGUUGCAAAUCUAUUGAAAAUGAAGUACAGAAAUAUCUCAUUUACAUAAGUAUCCACACCUGAGUCAAUACUUUGUAGAAGCACCUUUGGCAGCGAUUACAUUUGUAACUAUUUCAGUGUAACUCUCUAAGAGCUUUCCACACCUGGAUUGCACAAUAUUUGCCCAUUAUUCUUUUCAAAAUUCUUCAAGUGAUGUAAAAUUGGUUGUUGAUCAGGUCUUGCCAUAGAUUUUCAAGUAGAUUUAAGUCAAAACUGUACCUCGGCCACUCAGGAGGAUUCACUGUCUUCUUGGUAAGCAACUCCAGUGUAGAUUUGGCCUUGUGUUUUAGGUUAUUGUCCUGCUGAAAGAUGAAUUCAUCUCCCAGUGUCUUGUGGAAAGCAGUCUGAACUAGGUUUUCCUCUAGGAUUUUGCCUGUGCUUAGCUCCAUUCCGUUUAUUUUUUUGUCCAGAAAAACUCCCCACUCCUUAACGAUUACAAGCAUACCCAUAACAUGAUACAGCCACCACUAUUCUUGAAAACAUGGAAAGUGAUACCCACUAAUGUAUUGUAUUGUAUUUUCCCCAGACAUUACACUUUGUAUUCAGAAUAAAAAUGUGAAUUGCUUUGCCA